AUGCAUGCGGGGGUUGGGGUAUGUUUCGAAGUAUCGCUGGGAAACAUACCCCGCGAGCCUUGGCAUUUUUGGGAUGUCGUCACUCGCGCCUGCCCUCGUCACUUGCGCCUUCCCUCGUCACUCGCGCCUGCCCUCGUCAUUCGCGCGCCCUCGUCACUCGCGCUUGCCCUCGUCACUUGCGCCUGCCCUCGUCACUUGUGCCUGCCCUCGUCACUUGCGCCUGCCCUCGUCACUCGCGCCUGCCCUCGUCACUCGCGCCUGCCCCAGCCUGCCCACGUAGCGUGCUUCCCGUUGUCACGCGCUCUCUCCCCGGCAUCUGCCCCCUCGUCCCCUCGUCGCGCACGUUUCCUUUUGUCACGCGUGUUUCCCCUCGUCACGUGCAUGGCCCCUCGUCACGCAUUCUCUCCCCGGCAUCUGCCCCCUCGUCCCCUCGUCGCGCACGUUUCCUUUUGUCACGCGCGUUUCCCCUCGUCACGUGCAUGGCCCCUCGUCGCCACGUUUCCAUCUGUCACGCGCAUUUCCCCUCGUCACGCGCUCUCCUCCCCUCGUCCCGCGCUCAACCAUUCACUCACGCUCCAGGCUCUCCCCGGCAUCUGCUCCCCCGUUCCCCCCAUCCCCUUCCCUGUUCCCCGUAUCCCCUGCCCUGCUUCCUCUCAUCCUCUGACUUGCUUCCCAUCAUCCCCACACCCUCUACCUGCUUCCCUCCAUCCCCUGCCCUGUUUCCCCCCAUCCCCUUCCCUGCUUCCCCCAAUACGCUGUCCUGCUUCCCCCAAUCCCCUGCCCUGCUUCCCCCCAUCUUCUUCCUUGCUUCCCCCCAUCCCCUUCCCUGCUCCCCCGCAUCCGCCGCCCUGCUUCCCCCCAUCCCCUUCCCUUCUUUCCCCCAUCCCCUUCCCUGCUUCCCCCCAUCCCCUUCCCUGCUUUUCCCCAUCCCCUUCCCUGCUUCUCCCCAUCCCCUUCCCUGCUUACCCCCAUCCCCUUCCCUGCUUCCACCCAUCCCCUUCCCUGCUUCCCCCCAUCCCCUUCCCUGCUUUCCCCCAUCCCCUUCCCUGCUUCCCCCCAUCUCCUUCCCUGCUUACCCCCAUCCCCUUCCUUUCUUCCACUCCUCCCCUUCCCUGCUUCCCCCCAUUUCCUUCCCUGCUUCCUCCCAUCCGCUUCCCUGCUUCCCCCCAUUUCCUUCCCUGCUUCCUCCCAUCCCCUUCCCUUCUUCCCCCAUCCCCUUCCCUGAUUCCCCCCAUCCCUCUCCCUGCUUCCACCCAUCCCCCUCCCUGCUUCCGCCCAUCCCCUUCCUUGCUUCCCCCCAUCCCCUUCCCUGCUUCCACCCAUCCCCUUCCUUCAUUCCCCCCAUCCCCUUCCCUUCUUCCCCCCAUCCCCUUCCCUGCUUCCCCCCAUCCCCUUCCCUGCUUUUCCCCAUCCCCUUCCCUGCUUCUCCCCAUCCCCUUCCCUGCUUACCCCCAUCCCCUUCCCUGCUUCCACCCACCCCCUUCCCUGCUUCCCCCCAUCCCCUUCCCUGCUUUCCCCCAUCCCCUUCCCUGCUUCCCCCCAUCCCCUUCCCUGCUUCCCCCCAUCCCCUUCCUUGCUUCCACUCAUCCCCUUCCCUGCUUCCCCCCAUUUCCUUCCCUGCUUCCUCCCAUCCGCUUCCCUGCUUCCCCCCAUCCCCUUCCCUGCUUCCCCCCAUCCCCUUCCCUGCUUCCCCCAUCCCCUUCCCUGAUUCCCCCCAUCCCUCUCCCUGCUUCCACCCAUCCCCCUCCCUGCUUCCGCCCAUCCCCUUCCCUGCUUCCCCCCAUCCCCUUCCCUGCUUCCACCCAUCCCCUUCCUUCAAUCCCCCCAUCCCCUUCCCUGCUUCCCCCCAUCCCCUUCCCUGCUUCCCACCAUCCCCUUCCCUGCAUCCCCCCAUCCCCUUCCCUGCUUCCCCCCAUCCCCUUCCCUGCUUCCCCCCAUCCCCUUCCUUGCUUCCACUCAUCCCCUUCCCUCCUUCCCCCCAUCCCCUUCCCUCCUUCCUCCCAUCCGCUUCCCUGCUUCCCCCCAUCCCCUUCCCUGCUUCCCCCCAUCCCCUUCCCUGCUUUUCCCCAAUCCCCUCCCUGCUUCUCCCCAUCCCCUUCCCUGCUUCCCCCCAUCCCCUUCCCUGCUUCCACCCAUCCCCUUCCCUGCUUCCCCCCAUCCCCUUCCCUGCUUCCCCCCAUCCCCUUCCCUGCUUCCACCCAUCCCCUUCCUUCAUUCCCCCCAUCCCCUUCCCUGCUUCCCCCCAUCUCCUCUGCUUCCCCCCAUCCCCUUCCCUGCUUCCCCCCAUCCCCUUCCCUGCAUCCCCCCAUCCCCUUCCCUGCUUCCCCCCAUCCCCUUCCCUGCUUCCCCCCAUAA